GUUUAAAGGAACCAUACUAUUCUAAGGUUAAGAACUAUUAUCCUAAAGAUUAUGAAAAGGUGAAGAAGAAAGUGUUGGGUAUAGAAGAAUACAAAAGAGAAAAAGAUCAUAAGUAUGGAAAUCAACCUGCAUCAGAGGAUAUGUUGCAUAUCUACAAGCCUGAUAUUGAUAUUAACAGUCUUGUAACUGAACUUGCAGUCUUAAAAAUCAAUUGUUUAGAUCAAGAAGGACAAUUGAAUGAUGAUUUGGCCAAUAAAAAUAUUAAAUUUAACAAUGCUGAUAUAUAUAUGGUGGAGUUUAUAGAGGCAAGUUCAGAAAAUUCUGAUGAAUACUUGAUGGUAGAAGUAAUAAAUGAUAAUAUAACCCAUAAUUUAAGACCUGUAGGUAAAAGAAAAAGAGAGAAUGGGGAAUUAGGUAAAUAUUUGUAUAAGAAAGAAAAAGCGAAUGAACCAAGUGUAGUAAAUGGCA